AUGGCGGACGAGGCAGAAGGAAAGCACAAAAAGAAGAUGAAAAAGAAAGCAAAACACAAGCUUGAGAAGAGGAAGAGGGGUUCGUCUCCAGAACAAGAAAACACUGUAGAGUCAAAGAUACAUAAAACAGAUGCCAAUGGCACCACGUGUACAGGUCGUCACUUUACUGUCAGUCUUGCCCUCCCAGGCUCUAUUCUGGAUAAUGCACAAUCACCAGAAUUGAGGACAUACUUAGCAGGCCAGAUUGCUCGUGCUCUAGCAGUUUUCAGUAUAGAUGAAGUUGUCGUCUUUGAUGAGUCAGGAAAAGCUAAGAUUGAAUCUAGCAGUGGAUUAAACCACAAAUCAGACCCCAAUAUUUUGCUGGCAAGGAUACUUCAAUAUCUGGAAUGUCCCCAGUACCUCAGAAAAGACUUCUUUCCAAAGCACAGUGACUUGCAAUAUGCAGGAUUGUUAAAUCCUUUGGAUACUCCACAUCACAUGAAAGUGGAUGAUGAUAUGCCAUACAGGGAAGGAGUAGUUCUUGAAAGACCAGCCAGGAAAGGUUAUGGUUCAUCUGUGAAUGUUGGAAUGAGAAAAGAAGUGAGAAUCGAUAGAACCAUUAAACCAGGUUUGAGAGUCACUGUCAAGAUGAAUAACACUUCAGGCACAAAGUUUUAUACUGGAACAGUGGUGUCUCCCAGUGCCCCCAGAACAGAGCAAGGCCUAUACUGGGGAUAUACUGUGAGACUGGCACCAUCUUUUGGAGCAGUGUUUACACAGAGUCCAUACAAAGAUGGUUAUGAUGUCACGAUAGGAACUUCAGAGAGGGGCACUAUGGUAGAUGAUCUAGUCUUGACAAAUUUUAGACAUUUACUGGUAGUUUUUGGAGGAUUGAAAGGUUUGGAGACGAGUUUAGAGUCAGACGAAACUGUACCGGCGAACGAUCCAUCUCUGGUGUUUGAUCAUUAUGUGAACACUUGUCCUGGUCAGGGAAGUGGGACAAUACGAACAGAGGAAGCUAUACUUGUCACGAUGUCUGCGUUGAGACCGAUCAUAGCAAAAGCAACUACGUGGACACAAACUAUUGGGAAUUCGUUGUAAUGUGCAGUGGGACUUCAAAUAAAUUGCGAUCAUUUGUUCCUUUGUUAUUUCCACCUAAUGAUGAAAAUCCCUACUGAAAGCCAGUGUCCUUUUGUGUGUUGUCUCUCACCGCAUCUUUUCCUCUCGUUAUAUAUGAUGAAGGAAGGUAUUCUUAAACAGAUUUUCACGACAGUGUCAUGUCACCAACAUCAUAAAUGGGACACUGUAGGUUUCUAACUGAGAG